AUGCAGGCGCCAGUGGUUGUUAUGAACACGCAGACCCCGGGCGGGGAGCGCCAGUUUGGCCGCAAAGCUCAACUAUCCAACAUCACAGCAGCCAAGACUGUCGCCGACAUCAUCAGAUCAUGUCUCGGUCCCAAGGCUAUGUUGAAGAUGCUGCUCGACCCCAUGGGCGGUAUCGUCCUCACCAACGACGGCCAUGCUAUUCUCCGAGAGAUCGAAGUCGCACACCCAGCCGCCAAGAGCAUGAUCGAGCUGAGUAGGACACAAGACGAGGAAGUCGGCGACGGCACAACCACCGUCAUCAUAUUAGCGGGAGAAAUCCUCGCACAAGCUCUGCCCCAGCUUGAGCGCAACAUCCACCCCGUCGUCAUUAUCCAAGCGUUCAAGAAGGCUCUCGCCGAUGCCCUCGAAAUCAUCAACGAGGUCGCGGUCGAAGUCGACGUCAACGACGACGAGCAGAUGUACAAGAUCAUCAGCUCUUCCAUCGGCACAAAGUUCGUAACUCGGUGGUCAGAAUUGAUGUGCAGUCUAGCUCUGAAGGCCGUGCGGACCGUUUCCCUCGACAUCGGCUCUGGCAAGAAGGAGGUCGACAUCAAGCGCUACGCACGUAUCGAGAAGAUCCCUGGCGGUGAGAUUGAGGACAGCGAGGUUCUGGACGGAGUCAUGGUCAACAAGGACAUCACACACCCCAAGAUGAGGCGGAGAAUUGAAAACCCCAAGGUUCUGUUGUUGGACUGCACACUAGAAUACAAGAAGGGUGAGAGUCAGACAAACAUCGAGGUCAGCAAAGAGGAGGACUGGAACAGGAUACUCCAAAUUGAGGAGGAGCAAGUCAAGCAGAUGUGUGAUGCCAUUAUUGCUCUCAAGCCCGAUCUUGUCAUCACCGAGAAGGGUGUUAGUGAUCUCGCACAGCACUACCUCGUCAAGGCCAACAUCACCGCCAUCCGCCGAGUUCGCAAGACAGACAACAACCGUAUCGCUCGUGCAACAGGUGCGACAAUCGUAAACUCCGUAUUCUCCGCCGCCGCUUCAGACAUCGGUACUGAGUGUGGUCUUUUCGAGAUCUCCAAGAUUGGUGACGAAUACUUCACCUUCCUCACAAAGUGCAAGAACCCGAAGGCAUGCACCAUCCUGCUCCGCGGGCCCUCAAAAGACAUCUUGAACGAGAUCGAGCGGAAUUUGCACGAUGCCAUGGGUGUCGCCAGGAACGUAAUCUGGAACCCUAAGCUCUGCCCCGGUGGUGGUGCAACCGAGAUGGCUGUCGCGGUCGGUCUGGACAGGCGAGGAAAGCUGAUCGAGGGCGUUGCACAGUGGCCGUACAAGGCCGUCGCUGAAGCCAUGGAGGUCAUCCCACGCACACUCAUCCAGAACUCAGGAAACAGUCCUAUCAAGGUGCUCACCCAACUGCGCGCAAAGCAUGCAGAGGGUUACGAAGACGGCAAGCACACUGGCAGUACCUGGGGUAUCGACGGCGAUGCAGGCAAGGUCGUCGAUAUGCGAACGUACAACGUAUGGGAGCCUCUGGCGGUCAAGGAGCAGAGCGUCAAGACUGCUAUUGAGAGCGCUUGCCUACUGCUCAGGGUCGACGAUAUUGUCGCUGCGAAAUCGGCAAAGCAAGUGAGCGGUCCAAUUGGUGGUGGUGAUGAUUAG